CCAUUGCAUCUCACAGACACGUCAGCGUCACGCACACGACAUCAACCCAUCUACUCACGCCACACCUACCAUGCCACCCGUCAAUCCCAUGGGUCCAUCCACCACCACAGCCACCCUUCCUCCCUCCGUCCCCUCUGCUUAUCUAUCUGUCAGCUGUCAGUCAUCCAGACACCAACCCGUCCCUCUCUCCCUUUGCGUGAAUGGGUGCACCGACCGGGGCCACAGGAGAUAUACACACGAUCGGCUUCGCCAGGAGCAUGACAGCCGACAGAUAUGACAAUCACAGCCACACACACGCAACAUGUGCCGGGAGACAAGGCAGCAGGCAGACGCCACGCACACACCGAUGCCCUCCCUCCCUCCCUCUCUCUAAGCAGACAGACAGAGACUGUACACCCAAGAAGAGCUGGUGUUACAUCACUUGGCCACCAGCUUCAUAGAGAGGUAGUUUCCUUCGUGUUGCACCCAGCAGCAUCCCUCGGCCAUGGUGUAGAGCGCCUUGAGAUGCUCAAAGCACUCCAACACCAGCGACCGGAGGUCUGUGAGCCUGGCUGCCUGAUCCUGCCCCUGCAACUCGCCUCCUCUAGGUACCCACCGACAUCGACCCUCGCCGGCCGCAGCGUGCACACGAACCUCACGAACGACCGCAGGUCUGCCUUGCCCCUCCACACCUGCCACUCGUCGUCCUCUACUGGACAGGUCAUGUGCUCUAUGUGCGGGCAGCGCAGCGACCACUCCGCCGGCACAUCCUCCGGCCAGUCAGACGAGUCGAUAGGGUGGUCAUGGCCAGGAGGCCGGAAAGAGACCUCUUCUAGCGAUGGCAGAGGCAGGUACGAGAGCAACUCACAGCCCACGGCAAAGCUACGAACAGUGGCCAAGGUCACUUUCCUGACUGCCCUCAGACCCGCGAUGAAGCGACUAAGCUUUGAUGGGGCAGAGGGAAGCUCAGAGAGGACGACAUCGUAAAGCCGGAGAUGGAUGUGUUCGAGGGCCGGGAAGUGCCGGCUGGCCGCCGUCUGGCCCUCUCCCUCCCUCUCAGUGAGCCACUCGGGGAUGCUCGCCACCACAUCUGAUGCACUCGUCUCGGUGUCACAGAUGUCGAUGUACUUGGCGUGGGUGAAGAUGAGCUUGUCACGCCAGCUCCUGUGCAGCGGGAUGCCACCCAGGAGCAAGUCCACCUGAAGGACACAAACACAAACACACACACACACGGGCGGACGCACACAUGCUGCCCGAUCUAAUGUGUCUGCCCUUUCCUUCCUGACCUCAGUCGCCUCUGACGCCAGCUGUUUUGCGAUCUCGCCGUAUAGGCCAGUCGGCGCACGCGGGGCACCCCACGUCUCACCGCAGUCGACCGUCAGCCCGCUCCGUGGCCGCCACUCGAGCUCGCAAUGCACCUCUGCCGCCCACUCGGCGAUGCCCCUCAGGUCGUCCUCCCCCUGCCCGUACUCGUCGUCGAUCAUCGGGUCGGACACCACGAAGCACAGCUUCCUCGGCACGACUAAAAGGGCAAAAGCAGAGACAGGUAGUCCACCCGACCAAAUGAGAAAUCUUGCUAGUGUCUCUGUCGGUCACCUUUGCUCUCUGGUUUGCCCCAGUGCUGAUUGAGCGCGUCUUUGAGGUCGUUGAUACGGCCCAAAUCUUUGAGAUCGUGGCGGAACUUAUCGGGCAUCUGGAUCUCGAUGCCGGUGAUGGUCGUGAGGUUGGGCCAGUUGGCGACAGCGGCGGUGAAGUCGGCCUCACACAUUAUAUACUCGGCCUCCAGUCGCUCCAUCUUGGUCGAAGUGCUGAGCAGGGACGCGAAAUUAGAGAAGACGUGGGGGGCGUGGAGGCUCCUGAGGGCUGGGAGGGCCCACCGACGGUUGCUGCAGACAGACAACCACAGCAACGCGACAUACAGCUGGUCAGGGCAGACACCCAUCCUCUUUUCUCCUUCGUCCUCUGCGCCCAUACCUAAUGUGCCACAGCCAUUUCUCUGAUUGGAUGUUCGCCUGCGUCAGUUUGGGGAAGCGGGUCGCGUCCCCCGGGGCGCGGGCCACCGGUAAGCCGAAGAUCGGGUCAGAUGGCACCGGCGACACAUGCAGCUCCUCGAGCGUCUCUGCCGACUUCUCCAGCAACUCGGCCACACACGGCACCACAUCCGACGCAUCCACAUGGGCCGCUCGGAUGUUGACCUGCACACACACACAUGUGGACGUCACAGCUUCGCAGCACGGCCCUGUGUCCGUAUCUCACCAGGUGCUUCACGUCCCUCAGCUUUCGUAUCUUCUCGUAGCUGCUGGUCUCGUCUCUCGUCAUGGCGAACUGUCGGAAGACGCCAUAUGUACUGUCUGUGGCCUUCUGGCGGGUCUCCUUGUUGACGCGCGUCAGGCGAGUGGCCGUCCUCGUGGUAAAAAACGCCCCCAUAUGACCGACCACGCCCUCGGGCAGACCAGGCAAACACGGCCGGCCGUAAUCCUGAUACACACAUGCACAACAGAAGGAUAAGGCAUGUAGUCAGUGGGGAUGGUCGCGUCCUGUGUCGAUGUGCAUGUGUCACCUGUGGGCUUCCCGUCUGCUGGCGUGUCGCUGCUGCUGCUGCUGCUGCUGCUGUAGCACCAGAAUUGCCAACCGAACCACCUGAAGACACACAACCACGACCAUCCAUCACAGCCACCCUUAAGAUGUUUGCAGACAUUUGGCGUGUGGAUGUGUCCUGUGUACCUCCACUACUCGCGGCGGCAGCAGCAGCCGGGCUGGCUCCCACUUGUGAGCCCUUCCCGUCACCAGCAGACACCUGAAUGAGCACGUGAGGCGGUCCAUCAGUACUUGAAUUGCAUUCAUGUGUGUGUGUGCCUUCGCAUAUAUACCGCUUUGCUGAGGUACGCUGCCUUGCUGGCCUCAUCGUGGAUGUUGUACAGCCACCGAACCAGCCUGCCGUCACCGUCUGUGCGCUGAUGAUGGACACGCGCACAGACACACGGAGAGAUCUUGACUCGGGUGAGACUUCUCUUCGUCAGUCCGUCCCCACCUCUUUGUUUUGGGCGUCAGGGGGGAUCUGGGCGAGUUCAUUGCUGAGCGUCGAGUCGGCAUCUGUUAGGGUCUCCAGCACGCCGGACAAACGGGCAGCCAACGAUACACAGGCCUGUCGGCAAAGAGAAAAACACAAAGAACAAUCAGAGGCGGGUAGGGUAUGAGAUGUGGGGAUGGAAUGGCUGCACGUGUGGCUUGUUCCAGCGCGAACCUCUGUGUUGCUCUCGGCAUCUGAUAUCUGCAGAUCCGCCGCCUCAGUUUUGGCGGCCAUCCGUGAGGUGACCUGCACAGAGCAAAGCAAAGCAAUUGCUCCACAGCCACCAUGUGCUGGCAGCUCGCCCGCCCCUCUCAUCUUUUCUCACCGAGUGUAUCUGAUCGAUGACAUCCCGCAAGCUAUCCUUAUCGCCAUACAAUCCGCCGCCCUCCUUCCCUGAGUGAACCACACGGGUCACGUCUUUCGAUGCAUCGUGUGGCUGUGUGCGUGAGUGUGCUAUGACCUCUGGAGGCAGCGGGGCCGCCAUCGCUACUUGAGUCCAUCGCCAGGACACUAUCGACCACCUGCACCAACGAGAGAGAGAGAAAGACGAUACGGGCACCCACCCGCCCGUUUGUGCUUUCAGCUUGGCACUCACUGCUCAGGUGAUCAGGUGCGUGUGGGCGAUUUCGGCAGCCUCCAUGCAGCUGUGUGUCGAUGCUGCUGCCGACACCUCAGCUCCACCUCAGAUUGCCCAUAAGAUCUGGCAGCACACACACACACACACACACACACACACGUGUGCACAGGCAUCAGGGAGGGGAACAUGUGUGUGAAGGGCUCUGCUCGGACCCUGGGCUCGGACACUCACACGUGUAUUCAUCGCUGGCAACGAACGAAGGGGGCGCUCAACACAUCUGUAGCCGCACACCUGAUGGAUGGAUGAAUGGAUGAAUGAAUGCCAGGGGAAUGCAUAGAUCUGUCCUCUCCUGCGCAUACCCUGCCUCCCUGCGCAGACAAAAACCGUUUCUUCUGAGUGCGAGCUUAUGAGCGAGGAAGGACCGAGGUGUGGACAGCGAUGAGAAGCCUCCACUGAGACGUGCUGUACUCCCCGAUAAUUUGGUGAGCAU